GAUUUUCAACACACUGAACUGAGUUGUGAUUGUGAAACACACAACCAAGGAUUCCAGCACGUACAAAUGUCCGCAACCAGAUAUCGUCGAUUUCUUAAGCUUUGCGAGGAAUGGCCAAAAGACGAAUCAAAAAGAGGUCGCGAUUUAGGGACAUUUUUACGCCAAAAGGUUGCCAGUGCGUUCAGGGAAGGUGAAAAUACACAGAUUUCAGACCCAGAAAAAUGUGACCGGAUGUAUGAAAGUUUGGCCCGCAUCAACAGUAACAUGUACAAAGAAAAGUUCCCACGAGCAAAAGAUACAAGUUUUACAGGUGUAACAGUGGAAGAGUGUCGAAUGCUUUUGGCAACAGGAAACAUGCAACAGACGGAUGAAGAGAAAAAGGGGUUAUGGAAAACUGUAAUGGAUCGCUUCUCCUCCAAACCUGAAGAUGGGCCACCUUCUGAAAAAUAAUCACACUGUACAGACUGUAUUUAUUACCCUUUGCACUUUUUCAAAUAAAACGAUUAAGAUGUAUAUAUGUAAAUCCUCCAAGCUAAUAACUGUUCAGGAUUUUUUUCUCUCAUUUGGAUAGGUUUGGAACUACCAGGAAUUUUAAGUAGAUCAGUUAUUUUAUUAACCUUUAUAAUAAAAACGUAAGAAAUUGCACUUCCGUCAACACACAUGGGUUUAUGUUCAAUGGGAGUUUUGUUUAUUCCUAUCAUUUACACAAUUGUUAAGCUUUAAAAAAAAACUGUCCAGCUACUAAAAUGCAUUUUUAAAACAUUUUUAAACUUUGAAGAUUUGGUGUUAAGAUGAAACAAUAUAGUUAGAAAAAAAGGCAAUUUAGAAGUAAAACAGGGAAGGGAGUAUUAAGGGAAAAAAUUAACAGGGUUGAGGCUACUCUGGAGAAUUCUUUGGCAGUUAUUGAUAAUACAGUCCACGCCAUGCAUGAUGUAAAAUGUGUUCACAAAAGAUAGAUGAUAAAUAGCCUGAGCACCACCCUUAUACUUACACAAAAGGUUGGGACAUG